GAAGAAGAAACUGCACGGUCCUCCUUAGUUCCGUUUGUUAGCUGAUAGAUCCCAGAGCCGCAGUUAUGGAGGGGACAAAAAAUAAAGAGAAUAAGCAGCCCGAAAAGACUGAUGAGAAGGAGAAAGACAAGGAAAAGGGCCAACAGCCCAAGGACAAGGAGAAGAAAGAGGAGCAAGAAUUGUCAGAGGAGGAUAAGCAGUUACAAGAGGAUCUGGAGAUGAUGGUGGAGAGACUGAGUGAGAAAAACACAGCAUUGUACCAUCCAGCAUUGGAGGAGCUGCGUAGACAAAUCCGUUCCUCCACCACUUCCAUGACCUCAGUACCCAAGCCUCUCAAAUUCCUGCGCCCACACUAUGGCAAACUCAAAGAGAUCUAUGAGGGCAUGGCUCCAGGAGAGAACAAGCGUUUCUGUGCUGACGUUGUGUCAGUGCUGGCCAUGACAAUGAGUGGCGAGAGGGAAUGCCUGAAGUACCGUCUGUUGGGUUCACAGGAAGAGUUGGCCUCCUGGGGUCAUGAAUAUGUUAGGCAUCUGGCAGGUGAGGUAGCUAAGGAGUGGCAGGAGGUAGAGGAGAAUGACAAAGUGCAACAGGAGACGCUGUUGAAACUAGUCAAGGAGAUUGUGCCCUACAACAUGGCACACAAUGCGGAGCAUGAGGCCUGUGACCUGCUGAUGGAGAUUGAAAGGCUGGACAUGCUGGAAGACUAUAUUGAUGAAAAUGCCUAUGGAAAGGUGUGCCUCUACCUCACUAGUUGUGUGAGUUAUGUUCCUGAGCCAGAAAAUUCAGCACUCUUGAGAUGUGCCUUGAACAUCUUCAGAAAGUUCAACCGUUAUCCGGAGGCCCUUCGACUGGCCCUGAUGCUAAACGAUGUGGAGCUAGUAGAAAACAUCUUUACAUCCUGCAAAGACAUAGUCAUCCAGAAGCAGAUGGCCUUCAUGCUGGGUCGCCAUGGCAUGUUUCUUGAGCUUAACGAGGAUGUGGAGGACUAUGAGGAUCUGACAGAGAUAAUGUCCAAUGUGCAGCUCAACAGCAACUUCUUGGCUCUGGCCAGAGAGUUAGACAUCAUGGAGCCUAAAGUCCCAGAUGACAUCUACAAAACACACUUGGAAAACAACAGGUUUGGAAGCAGUGGCUCACAGGUGGACUCUGCCCGUAUGAACUUGGCAUCUUCCUUUGUGAAUGGUUUUGUCAACGCAGCGUUUGGUCAGGACAAGCUGCUCACAGAUGAUGGCAACAAGUGGUUGUACAAGAACAAGGACCACGGGAUGUUAAGUGCUGCAGCCUCCUUGGGCAUGAUCCUGCUUUGGGAUGUGGAUGGUGGUCUGACCCAGAUUGACAAAUACCUUUAUUCGUCAGAGGACUACAUCAAAUCUGGGGCGCUCUUGGCCUGUGGCAUUGUAAACUCAGGUGUAAGGAACGAAUGUGACCCAGCCCUGGCCCUUCUGUCUGACUAUGUACUCCACAACAGCAAUGUCAUGAGGAUAGGCGCCAUCUUUGGACUGGGCCUGGCCUAUGCUGGUUCAAACAGGGAAGAUGUGCUGUCUUUGCUUCUCCCUGUCAUGGGUGACUCCAAAUCCAGUAUGGAGGUUGUUGGAGUGACUGCGCUGGCAUGUGGUAUGAUCGCAGUUGGGUCUUGUAACGGUGAUGUGACUUCUACCAUCGUCCAAACUAUUAUGGAGAAAAAUGAACAGGAGCUGAAGGACACAUAUGCCCGCUGGCUGCCUCUCGGCCUUGGACUCAACCACUUAGGUAAAGGAGAAGCAAUUGAGACGACCUUGGCUGCACUACAGGUUGUACCUGAGCCUUUCCGCAGCUUUGCGAAUACACUAGUGGAUAUAUGUGCAUAUGCAGGCUCUGGUAAUGUUCUAAAAGUGCAACAGCUUCUCCAUAUCUGCAGCGAGCACUAUGAGGCCAAGGACAAAGACAAAGAGGAUGACAAGGACAAGAAAGAUAAGAAAGACAAAGAAAAGAAGGAGUCUGCUGCCGACAUGGGUUCACACCAGGGUGUAGCCGUUCUGGGUAUUGCCCUGAUUGCGAUGGGAGAGGAGAUUGGCUCUGAAAUGGCACUGCGAACAUUUGGACAUCUGCUGCGUUAUGGUGAGCCCACACUAAGGCGAGCAGUGCCUUUAGCCCUGGCUCUUAUAUCAGUGUCCAACCCUCGUCUGAACAUCUUAGACACCCUCAGCAAGUUUUCCCAUGAUGCUGACCCCGAGGUCUCCCACAAUUCCAUCUUUGCCAUGGGCAUGGUGGGCAGUGGCACAAAUAACGCCCGUCUGGCUGCCAUGCUGAGGCAGCUGGCUCAGUAUCACGCCAAAGACCCCAACAAUCUCUUCAUGGUCCGGCUGGCUCAGGGUCUGACUCACCUGGGCAAAGGCACACUGACACUCUGUCCCUACCAUAGUGACAGGCAGCUGAUGAGUCAGGUUGCCGUGGCAGGGCUGCUCACUGUACUCGUUUCCUUCCUUGAUGUCAAAAACAUAAUCCUCGGGAAGUCUCACUACAUUCUCUAUGGGCUGGUAGCCGCCAUGCAGCCACGUAUGCUGGUCACAUUUGAUGAGGAGCUCCGUCCGCUGCCGAUAUCUGUCAGAGUUGGACAGGCUGUGGAUGUCGUGGGCCAGGCGGGCAAGCCAAAGGCCAUCACAGGUUUCCAGACUCACACCACACCUGUGUUGCUGGCACAUGGAGAGAGGGCUGAGCUAGCCACGGAAGAGUACCUCCCAGUCACUCCCAUCCUGGAGGGCUUUGUAAUUCUGCGCAAGAACCCCAACUAUGAAACCUAGACUGUAUCCAAAAUGCCCAUGUUGUUUGUUUUUCCUCCUUUUUAUAAGGGUAGCCGUUGUGGCUCUUUACAGUUGUUAUGUUCAGUUGUUUAUUGAAUGGCUGAAAGAAAGACAGGUCUGUCAGUGUUUCUUUCUGUCAUCUGUGGCCCUGCUCCAGUCACUGAAAAUGGAUGCUUCGAAUGUGUUUAAUUGGGCUGGUAAAACACAAGAAGCUGUGAAGCUAGGUCCUCAUCCACUCUACAAAGAUGGUUUCCUCAUUGUUAGAAUUUUGAUCUGCUUCUCCUACAUGUACUGAACCAGCUGCUUGACUGACCCUGUGCUAGUUCACAGCUCUGUUCACCGCCCCCCAGAGUAUGUGUCAGCCAUCGGUAAACUAAAACUGCUCAGUUCACAUUGGUGUUUCAGAUCGUCCUCCUACUUCUUACAUCCACAAUCCUCUCUUUGUAAUUAGAACAUUUAAAUAGUGUGUUCUUCAUCACAGAUUUCAUUUUUUUGUUUUGGCUUUUGUUACAGUACUAUUAAAGGUUGAAUCACAAAAUAAAAACUUGUAUCCAAAUGAUGAAAA